AUGAAGGGAAAGGGAGGCCUUUGGUUCAAACAGUACGAGCUACCUACUCUUAUAAUUUUUGACAUCUCGUCCUUUCAAAGCUUCCUCGCGAUACUCGGUGAUUCACAAGCGAUGUUCGAUGGAUACCCCAUCGCGUUGGUAGACUCGGCCAGUGAAUGCCCUGAUGGCGGAAUACUCGGCUCACGUGCCAGAUCACCCGAAGGUUAUGUGCUUACACACCCUCAGCAGCCUUCGAUGUCACCCCAGUACCCUCCGCGCCCGCGGCCACCGUCUCAGGCCCUCCAGAAGACUCAGCACUCGCAUUCGCCUCCCGAGUGA